AUGUACGGUAGUAUUGGAAUCAUCUCAGUUAUGUAUGUCAACACAUCUGCCCCUCCCGUGGGUGAGAAUUUAUCCGCACCAAAAGAAGGCAAUGAUGGAGAGAAACUUUUACCUGCUCAGAUUUGUGAUGGAAGUGACACUGCUUCAUUUGAAGAAAGUAAUCUUCAGAAUGUGACCCGCGACGAGUUGCUGAUGGCGCAACAGAUGUCGACACACUUCAUCAGUUGUAGUGAUCCGACACGUGACAGUGCUUCAUUUGAAGAAAGUAGUUUUCAGAAUGUGACCCACAACGAGUUGGUGACGGCCCGAGAGAUGUCGACACACUUUAUCAGCUGUAGCGCACCGACACAAGGAAUUAUCACACGAGAGGAUAAUGCUUUCUGCAGUACAGAUAAAAUUGAUGGACCCUCUGAUGAUGCACAUCCCAUUUGUGAUCUGCAGAAUGUUAAAGUAGAGGUUGUUGAAGAUCCAUUAACAGUCCCAUGGUUCAAUGGGUGUUUUAAGGAGGAUCCAGAUACAUAUUUAGGAGUGAAUGUCACUGAGAGUGAGGAGGAAGCCAGAGGACGACACACCCCAGAUGUUACACGAGAAAGUACCGACGCCCCGACCUCGACCGGCCUUUCGGUCACGGAGGUUGGCAGUACUGGCCGGACUGCCCCCGACUCGUCCCACCCUGGUGGCAGCCGCAGACGCGGACACGACGCGACACCGUGGAUGAGUAAUCUCGGUACUCCGACCUCCGCAUCCUGUGACACCACUGACACUAGUGGUGAUUGCACAGAUGUCAACAGCAGGGAAGUCGGCACUGGCAGUGUUGCCGGUGUGGCGGCCGAGCAGCAGCGUCUCGGUAAUACAGGUUCUGCCAGUGCUGCCCACACUGAGCCGCAAUUCUCCUACAAGUCGGCCAUUGCUAGUGCCAUAGCGCAGUCACCGCACAGGAGAUUGAUGCUGUCGGAGAUCUACGCCUACAUCGCGAGUCACUUCCCCUACUUCGGAGGCAAGAAGAAUAAGAUGUGGAAGAACUCGGUACGCUGCUGCCUGUGGUACCACAAGUGCUUUGUCAAAGUGCCACAGGAGGCUGGCGACGACAAGGCCAAAUGCUGCAACUACUGGACACUCGACCCGCGAUACGAGGAGGUGUCCGAGAACGGCAAAUUCCGCCAUCGCAGCGAGAAGUGGCUGUUCCGCAGGGGCCCGGCAGCGCCACCGUCCGUGCGCCGAGUUCACGCGCGCUACAGCCGGCUCAGACACCCCGGCGACCGCCCGCAGCGGCAGCCGCUCAGUGGCCCGUCGGCUCACCCCCAGCUGCCGGAGGCUGCCACCAGCGCUGCCACCGCAACUUCGACCGGUCUCCUUGUCUCCGAUGCCGACAGCACUGUCCGGGCUGCCCCAGACCCGUCCCACCCCGGCAGCAGCCACUUAGAGGGCAGCGUCCCGGUGUCGGACGCGACAGUGCCGACAGACUGUGCCGCUACUCCGAACUCUCCAUCCGGUGGCACCGGCAACGGCCGCGUCGACGGUGCCGGCAGCGACAGGAGGGCAAGCACUGUGGGCGGUCCUGCCAGUGGAGCGGGCCAGAAGCGGUCCUCUGACGACACUGGCUCGGCGAGUAUCGCCCGCAGCAAGCCACCGUUCCAAUACGAGGAGCUAAUUGCUAUGGCCAUACUGAAAUCGCCGCACAGGAGAGCGACACUGUCCGAGAUCAAGGCCUACAUCGCAAGCCGCUUCCCUUACUUUGAGCGCAGUGAGAAGAGGUGGCAGAAAUCGGUGCACUGCAAACUGUUCUUCAGCGACUUCUUCGUCAAAGUGCCGCUGGCGGUCAGGUACCGCAGGGGCAAACAGUGCAACCUCUGGAUGCUCGACCCACGAUACGAGAACAUGUUCAGGAAUGGCAACUUACAGCGGUUCCGGCACGUGAAACAACCCUCCUCCCGGAGUCGGGGUAUCCGGGGCAAAGGUGGACGCGUUGGAGUUCGUGCCGUGCCAUCCUGUGCGCCCCCACACUCUGCCAGAUAUGAGCACAGCACCGAUCCGGCCACCCUCCACUCGUCCCGAUCUCGCGACGGCCGCUGCAAGGAUGACUCUCCGACGCCGGACACGGUGCCAACUCUGGGUGACGCCGCCGCUUCGACCUUCGCCGGCAGUGGCACUGAUAUCGACAGUGGGGGAACCGCCGUGGGAAAGGCUGCCGAUGGGACGGGCGAGGAGCAGCACCCCAGUGUUGCCGGCUCAGCUGGCACUGCCGAAAAGAAGCCGCCGUUCUCGUACACGGAGCUCAGUGCUAUGGCCAUAGCAGACUCGCCACACAGGAGGGCGAAGCUGUCGGAGAUCUUCGCCUACGUCACAAGCCGUUUCCCCUACUACGAGCUCGGCAAGGAGGUCUGGCAGAAAGCGCUCAGCGUCAACCUGUCGCGCAGCAAGUGCUUCGUCAACGUGUGGCACGGGAGCAGCACCUACUGGAUGCUCAAUCGGCGGUACGAGGACAUAAUGGAGAUGGGCAGAUUACGCCGCCAACACGUCAAGCGGCCGUUCUUCGGGGGCCCGACGGCUGCGGUCGGCGCACGCCGAGUGCCGACUCGCCACAGCCUGCGGAAGCGUCGCAACUGGCGGCGCCACACCGGCCUGUCGGAGGAGCAGCCGCGGCUCCCGGAGUCCGGAGCUGGAGGCAGCGGAGCCGGUGCCGCAGUCGGUGGCACUGAGCCUUCCCCCGCAUCUCCGAUCUGCACCAGCUCUACUCGACUUUCUGAUGGGAAUGACAGUGCUUCAUUUGAAGAAAGCAGUCUUCAAAAUGUGACCCACGAUGAGUCGAUGAUGGCUCGAGAGAUGCUGACAAACUUUGUCAGUUGUCGUGUUGCGACACAAGGAAUUACCACAGAAGAGGAUAAUUCCUUCUGCAGUACAAAUAAUUCUGAGGCACUUGCUGGUGGUGGUCCACUUACCGUCAGUGACCCGCAGAGUAUUAAGAAAGAGGUUUUUGAAGAUCCAUUAGCAGUGUCAACGUUCAGCGGGUGUAUUAAAGAGGAUCCAGAUUUACAUUUUGAGGUGGAUGCAGCUGACAAUGAAGAGGAAGCCACAAGAGGACAUGCUUCAGAUGUUACACGUGCCGCUACCCUGAUGUGGACCGGCCCGUCGGCGUCAGAGCUCGGCGGCUCCGGCCCGGCCGCCCCCGACGUGUCCCUCCGCAGUAACAGCCACGGCGAGGACGACGUCCCACUGCGGGACGUGACGGUGUCGACGGACGGUGCCGGUACUGCGACUUUCGUGUCCUCUGGCACCGCUAGCAGUAGUGACGGUGGCGCCGACACCUGCGCGGGGAGAGCCGCCGGGCGCAGUGCUGCCGGGGGGGCGCGCGAGGAGCGCCUCCUCCGUGGCACCGGCUCUGUCGGUACGGCCGACAGUCAGCCGGAGUUCUCCUACAAGGAUACCAUUGCCGCUGCCAUAGCGCAGUCACCACACAGGAGAUUGACGGUGCCGGAAAUCUACGCCUACAUCACGAGUCGCUUCCCCUACUUCAGAGGCAAGAAGAAGAUCUGGCGGAACUCGGUACGCUGGUGCCUGUGGUACCACAAGUGUUUCGUCAAAGUGCCGCUGGAGGGUGGUGACGACAAGGCCAAGGGCUGCAACUACUGGACACUCGACCCGCGGUACGGAGACACGUCGGAGAACGGCAGAUUUCGCCACUGGCGCGAGGAGCGGCCAUUCCGCAGGACCCCGGCAGCAUCGGUGACCGUCCGCCGAGAUCGCACGCGCCGCAGCCUGCGCCAGCACCUGCAGCGACGUCACACCGGCCUGUCGGAGCGUCCGCAGCUGCCGGAGACCGCCACCGGCACCGCCACCCCGUCAGUGAGCCUACCGGUCUCCGACGUCGGCGGCACCGGCGAGGCCGCCUCGAACUCGUCCCGACCCGGUGACGGUCGCUGCGAGGAAGACACUCCCGCGUCGGACGUAACGACGUCUCCGGGCGGCGCCACUACUCCGACUCCCGUCUCCGGCGGCGGGUACGGCGACGGCACGGAUAGCACCGGCGGGGGAACCGCCGUGGGCAGCGCUGCCGGUGGGGCGAGGGAGGAUCGGCACUGUGGUGACGCUGGCUCAGCCUGGGCUGCCAGAAGGAGGCCGCCUCACUCCUACACUGAGCUCAGCGCUAUGGCCAUAGCGCACUCACCGAACAGGAGGGCCAAGCUGUCUGAGAUCCACGCCUACAUCAUGAGCCGCUUCCCCUACUUCACACGCAGGAAGAAGAUCUGGCAGAAAGCGUUGAGCACCAUCCUGUCGCACAAAAAGUGUUUCGUCAAUGUGCCACAGAAGGGCGGCAACUACUGGAUGCUCGACCCGCAGUACGAGGAAAUGCUGGAGAGAGGCAAAUUCCGCCGACGGGGCAAGAAGCGGCCGUUCCGCGAGGGCCCGGGAGCGUCGGUAGCUGCUCACCGAGAGCCCACGCGCCACAGCCAGCGCGUUCACGGCAGCCGCCAGCCGCACCGGCAGGAACUCCGCACCGGCCUCGCGGAAGACCCGCAGUUGCCGGAUGCCGCCGUCGGGUCACCGGUCGGGCUCUCGGAGCUCCAGGCCGCUGCCGACACCCCCGCUGCGGGUGGAGAAGGUGGCGACGGGGGCGGUGCUGUCGUGGGCGGCACUGCGCCACUCCCCGCCCGUCUGCACUACGACAGGUACGAGAACCAGUCUACACAAAUUUCUGAUGGGAAUGACGGUACUUCACUCGAAGAAAGUAAUCUUCAAAAUGGUACCCGUGAUGAGUUUGUGAUGGAGCAAGAGACAUCAACACACUUCAUCAGUUGUAGUGUUCUAACGCAAGGCGUUAUCUCUCAAGAGGAUAAUUCCUUCUGCACUUCAGACAAUGUACAGACUGAUGCAUUUGCUGAUGAUCCACUUACCAUUUGUGACACACGGAGCAUUAAGAGAGAGGUUUUCGAAGAUCCAUUAGCAGUCACAGGAUUUGGUGGCUGUAUUAAAGAGGAUCCAGACUUAUGUUACGGAGAGGGUGCCACUGACAAUCGAGACACAGCCACAAGAGGACACACUUCAGAUAUUACACGGUAA